AUGCGCGAAAUGGUCAAGGUCAAGGCCGAUCACCACCUUGAUCCGGAUAAGAACGAGCGAUAUUCCUUAGGUACAACUCGAGGUUUCAAAGAUAUAAUAAGUCGAACUGGAACAAGCGUUGACUGGUCAAUGUCUACGAGUCUCCUUGCCUGUUCAGGUGAGAUGAGAACGGAUGCAUGGACGCCAAGGGAAGAUGAUCGACGAGGCGGCUACUAG